UUCAGUAUAAUAAGAGUUGGUUAUAGCGACACAGUCGUAGAUUUUUACUACUUCCUGUUCUUAAUCUAAACUUAUACUAUUUUAUCAUCUUGAUAUCAAAUCAAUAAUUUUUGAAUCGUUUAAGUACAAGUUUAUGUACUCUUAGGCUUCAGUACACACUUCUACCUUCAUUCGGAAAUAUUCAUUAUUGUUUGUGCGAAAUAAAGUGAUAGCCAUAGUAAUUUAUAAUUUCACCACGCGAUCGACGAGUUAAAGUUCUUUUUUUUAACUUUAUUUGUGAAGUGCUGCACUUAGAACGAAAAUGUCUUACAAAAUAGAACCAGUUCCAGACUGUUAUUGUUUACUUGGCGAAGCACCACAUUGGGAUAUUGGAACUCAAAAUUUAUAUCUGGUGGAUGUAUUUGGUAAAAAGUUUCUGAGAUAUGAUUUCGCUCAGCAAAAAGUUUAUAGAUGUGAAAUUGAAAACGAACCAAUGAUUGCCAGCUUCAUAAUACCCAUUGAAGGUACAACUGAUAAAUUCGUAACUGCAAUAGACCGUCGCAUAGUUAUCAUCACAUGGGAUGGUUUAUCAAAAACUUGUAAAAUUGACAAAGAUAUCGCUGUUACUGAACAACAAGAUAAAUAUAAAAAUAAUCAUUUCAACGAUGGUAAAUGUGACCUCCGAGGACGUCUCUUUACUGGAACUAUGAACAACGACUUUGUUAAACAUAGAACUGGAAAUCUAUACAGGUUAGAUGAAAGCGGUCUUAAACUUUUAAAAGAUGAUGUUGGUCUAUCCAAUGGAUUAGUUUGGAAUGAUGCUGCUAAAAAAUUUUACUUCGUCGAUUCAAUGGAUUUCAAAGUUAGAGAAUAUGAUUAUGAUAUUGAAACAGGUGGAAUAAAAAAUCCUAAAAUAAUCUUAGAUAUAGAAAAUCUUCAAAAGGAAAAGAUGCGCCUGCCUGAUGGUAUGACGAUUGAUACCGAAGGAUUUAUUUAUGUUGCUGUAUUUGGUGGUUCUAAUGUUCUUAAGAUUGAUCCUAAGAAUGGAAAAGUAUUGCUUGAUAUUAAAAUUCCUUGUGAACAAGUCACAUCAGUUGCAUUCGGUGGACCAAACUUGGAUAUUCUUUAUGUGACUACGGGUGCCCUUGAAGGAAAACCCUCACCAGCUGGAGAAACUUUCAAAGUCACAGGCCUUGGUGCUAAAGGUCUUCCCAUGACGAAGUUUAAAUCACUCUCAAUCGAAAUGGCAUCUCAAGCAAUCGCAAUUUUGGUGCUUCUAAGUUCAUUACUGUUAAGUGUUGUAGCCGACAAUGUUACUAUUUCGAUGGAGGCUAAUAUAAGAGUGCACAAUGAAACUGUGAUGUCUUACAAAGUUGAACCAUUACCUGAUUCAUUUGCUGAACUAGGAGAAGGACCUCACUGGGAUAUUGAAACACAAAGCUUGUACAUGGUUGACCUUAGUGCGGGGAAGAUUAUGCGUUAUGACUAUAAACAAAAUAAGAUGUACAAGUGUCAAAUCGAAAAUGAACACUUUGCAUCAUUUAUUAUACCAAUCGAAGGAGCUCCGAACAAAUUUGCCGUUGGCAUUGAACGUCGCAUAGUUAUCGUUCCAUGGGAUGGCAUUUCGGAAUCUUGUAAAGUUGAAAAAACUAUCCUUACUGUCGAACACUCUGAUUCAAAAUUCGAUAAUAAUCGUUUUAAUGAUGCAAAAUGUGAUCCACAUGGUCGUCUCUUUGGUGGAACAAUGGCCAAAACUGACUAUUCAAAGCGAACUGGACAUUUGUAUAGGCUAAUGAAGACUGAUGCACAUGAGCUCUUAAAGCCUGACGUUGGAAUUUCAAAUGGUCUAGCUUGGGAUGAGAAAGCAAAAAAAUUCUAUUACAUUGAUUCUGAAGAUUAUAAUGUAAAAGAGUACGAUUAUGACAUUAAUACUGGAGCAAUCAGUAAUCCUAAAGUAAUUUUUGAUCUCCAUAAUUUGAGAGGAGAUAACAUAAAUUUACUACCUGAUGGUAUGACUAUUGAUGCAGAAGGAUUCCUGUAUGUUGCCACUUUCAAUGGUUCAGCUAUAUUCAAAAUUGACCCAAAGAGUGGAAAAAUAUUGGUUGAAAUUAAAUUACCUUGUGAGCAAAUUACUUCCGCAGCGUUUGGUGGACCAAAUUUGGAUAUUUUAUAUGUUACGACAGCUGCUGCGAAUAAUAAACCACUGCCAAAUGGUACCACAUAUAAGAUAACUGGACUAGGAGCUAAAGGUCUACCAAUGACAAAAUUAAAACUGGAAGAAUAAAAUGUUAUAAUAUAA